AUGGCGACGACAGUCACUGCCUUUCUUACGGAAACCAUCACGGCGACGGUUGCCGCUGCCUCAGUCUCUGCUUCCGCUUCCGCGACUGCUGGGAAUUCAGUUACGCCGCAGGGUGGGAUUCUGGAGGGCGAGAAUCCUACACACUAUGACCCCCAGAAUCCAAUUAUCCUGUUUAUCAUCCAGGCAGGCAUCAUCAUCAUCUUCUGCCGCCUCCUCCACUACCCCCUCUCACUCCUCCGCCAACCCCGCGUAAUCGCCGAAGUCAUCGGCGGCGUCCUCCUUGGUCCAUCCGUCAUGGGCCGUAUCCCCUCCUUCACCUCCACAAUUUUCCCACCCGCCGCCAUCCCGAAUCUGUCGCUCGUUGCGAAUCUGGGGUUAGUGUUGUUUUUGUUCAUCGUGGGGUUGGAGGUCGAUUUGAGGUGGGUGAGAGGUGAGUGGAGGGUUGCGGCGGGUGUCGCGGCCGCGGGGAUGGGAGUCCCGUUUGGGCUUGGUGUUGGGAUUGCGUAUGGACUAUAUCACGAUUUCAGGGAUGAGCCUGGGACGGAGCCGAUUGCGUUUGGGACGUAUGCGUUGUUCAUUGGGGUUGCGAUGGCGAUUACGGCGUUUCCGGUUUUGUGUAGGAUUUUGACGGAGUUGAAGUUGUUGAGUACGCCAGUGGGGAUUAUUGUGUUGAGUGCUGGUGUUGGGAAUGAUGUCGUGGGGUGGAUUUUGCUCGCAUUAUGUGUCGCGUUGGUCAACUCCGGGUCGGGUGUCGCGGCGGUGUGGGUCCUCCUCACGGCGGUGGGAUAUACGCUCUUCCUCUUCUUCGCUGUCCGGCCAGCGUUCAUGUUGGUCCUCAAACGGACCCGAGCCUUGGAGGAUGGACCAUCGCAGGGUGUGAUCGCACUUACCCUCCUCAUCGCUCUCUCCUCUGCGUUCUUCACGGGAGUCAUCGGAGUCCAUCCUAUCUUUGGGGCCUUCAUGGCCGGACUAAUCUGUCCCCACGACGGCGGCUUCGCAAUCAAAGUCACUGAAAAGAUCGAGGACUUGGUCAGCGCGCUCUUUCUCCCCCUCUACUUUGCCCUCAGUGGACUCAGCACCAAUCUUGGACUUCUGGAUUCGGGGAAAACAUGGGGGUAUGUCAUCGGUGUCACUGUCAUUGCGUUUUUGGGGAAGUUCUCGGCUGCGUCCGUAGCGGCACGAAUGAGUGGGUUAUUUUGGAGGGAAAGUAUGGCGAUUGGGAGUUUGAUGUCGUGUAAGGGGUUGGUGGAACUCAUUGUGCUCAACAUCGGGUUACAGGCACGGAUUUUGAGUCAGCGGACAUUCACGAUUUUCGUCGUUAUGGCGCUCGUUACCACCUUUGCGACGACGCCAUUGACGGUCGCGUUAUACCCAGUCUGGUACCAGAAGAAGUUGGAGGCGUGGAAGAAGGGACUCAUUGAUUGGGAUACGGGACGGCCUACAACGAAAGGGAGGGCGGAGGAGGAGGACGUGAGUGUUGUUGCGGCGAGGCUGGAAAGUGGGAAGGUUAGGGAUCUGUUGGUGUAUUUGCGAUUGGAGAACAUGCCUGCGUUGAUGACGUUCGUCUCUUUGCUUGGUGGGAGGCCUCAUGACAUCAAGCGGGUGCACCCGUCUCACGCCGCCACGACUCUUGGUGAGACCGAGCCCGCACCGCCGAAGAGACCGGUUGAGGUCCACGGUGUUCGCUUGAUGGAGUUGACUGAGCGUGAUUCAUCCGUCAUGCGCGUCUCCGAAGCCGAAGACCUCAGCUGGCGUGAUCCCAUAAUCAACACCUUCCGCAACUUCGGUCGUCUCUACAACCUCGGCGUCUCAGGCGAAGUCCUCAUCGCGCCUGAAUCUUCGUUCGCGGAGCUACUUGUCAGUCAAGCGGGGAGGGAAGACGUUGAUAUGUUGUUGUUGCCGUGGAGCGAGGGGGAAAUGAGGGAGGGGGAGAGAGGCGGGUUUGAGGGAUUGAGGGAUGAGAGGACGUAUGCGUCGUUUAUCGGGGAGGCAGUGGAGGGGUCAUCGCCGACAUGCAAUGUCGCUGUGCUUGUCAACAAGGGAUUCGGUGGCUCAUCUCCGGUUGAGGAACGUCGUCCACACCCGUUGAGGCGUAGGACCUCUGCAAUGAGUAUCAGCGCCCACUCUCACAGCGUACGGGAGAAAACGGUCGCUCCGCCUAUUCCGGAUCGGAGUCAUCAUGUCUAUAUGCCGUUUUUUGGGGGUGCGGAUGGGAGGGUUGCGUUGAGAUUGGUGUUGCAGCUGGCGGAGAACGCGGAUAUCACAGCCACGAUUGUGUUUUUCGAGCGUGUUGGGAGUGGAGAAGCCAGUUCUUCCGGGGUCGAUCUUUCACCGACUACGUCCAGAACGGAGGAUACGCCGUUACGUACCGUCCAAUCGAAAACGAAGGACUCGACGCAUGAGACUGAGCUCCAGGCUAGGGAUUUGUCGUUCUUUGAGUCUAUCCGUCGUUCGCUCCCGGAGAACCUCGCUUCUCGCGUCUUGUUGGAAAGCACACAAACAUCUUCGCCAGUCGAGGAUGCAAUGGCACGCGCUGAGAGAGAAGUUGGACAAAACCCCAAAAACGCGGGAGAUCUUAUCGUGGUGGCGAGAAGGAGUAAUGCAAUUGACCCUAUCGACAAGCCUGGGUCGUCGUAUGGAACGCUCGGAGUUCUGGGCGGGAGAUUCGUCGAGAGGGGAUUAAGUGCGAGUGUUCUUGUCGUGCAGGGCGCUCGAGGGCAUAGGCACGAGUAA